AUGUUUCACAGUAGGAACUCGUUCUAGAUGUAUUACCCAUCACUGACCGCACGUAGGCGCAUCGUCUGCACUGUAGAACGUUGGUGCAACCGUGAAUGUCUUCCCCCGGCGGUUGAAAGAACAGCUGCUGGUGCCUGCAGACUGGGUUUAAAGUUCAUAAUGUCGGCCAGGAAGCCCAGGUCCGUGGCGAACCCUCUAGAGUCCGCGAUCACCACACCCAGUGAGAGGAUCCUAAAGGAAUGUCACAGUUUAUACAUCGACAACGAAAAUGGCCUAGUAAAGAUUGCCAGCAGCCUUGGUGUGCGGCUCCUACCUCCCAGAAAGAAAAUCAUAGUGAUGAUAAUGGGUAACCACUCAGCAGGGAAGAGUUCCUUCAUUAAUUGGUAUGUUGAAGAGCAUAUACAGAAAACAGGAGUGGCCAUUGAAACUCAGGGCUUUACUUUCAUCACAAGCGGGCGGAAAAGAGAAUCACUGACGGGAAAUGCAACUCUUCAUCUCUACCCACACUUUCGACCCCUUUUGGAGUUUAAAGGUGUUAUGGACUACCUGUCUGCUGAGAUUUCAACCUCCAAGCAGAAGAAGUUCAGUCUGGUCACGUUUGUGGAUACUCCUGGUCUGGUGGAUGGAGACAUGGUCUACCCUUUUGAUGUCAAUAGCGCCAUCACCUGGUUAGGAGAGCAGGCCGAUUUAAUAUUUGUGUUCUUCGACCCGAUGGGCCAGGCACUGUGCAAGCGCACACUCAACAUUGUGGAGAAGCUGAGUGAGAAGUGUGGCGACAAGCUGCUGUUUUACCUCAGCAAAGCAGAUGAAGCAGGAAAGGAAACAGACAGACAGAGGGUGAUGAUGCAGAUCGUUCAGGAGCUGUGUCGCCGUCCGGGCCUCAAUAAAUGUGGUUUUGAGAUGCCAACAAUUUACAUCCCCAACCCACAAAAGCCCAGCAGAUGUGUAAACCAGAUUGAUGGAGUUUGUCAGACCAUUGAGAAAACCAUCAACCAGGCUGUUCAGAAGACUUUGGACCAGCUGGAGAAAGACUGUGACCUCAUCUGUUCAACCAUUAACAGCAGACUGGAACAGGACAGGGCUGAUGUGACCUACAGCAGAAGUGUUCGUUUUCACUCCUACUUGUGUGGCUCUCUGGGUGUUUUCUUUCCCUUCCUCUUCAUCCUUAGCUUUAUAGCGAGUACCUUCUCUAAGGAGCAGCUGGAUGAGCUGCUUGGUGAAGGAGCAGCUCUGACACUGAACAUCUUUUCGGGAGUGUUUAUAUACUUGUGGGACUGUAUACCAGAAGAUGGUCAAGUCAUUUUUGUUAUAAUUUUUGGAGGUUUUUGCUACCUCCUGCUUUUCUUAGCAAAGUUUUACUCAGGUAAAAGAAUAAAGACUCUGACCAAGAAGGAGAAGAGGAGGAUGUCAGAGUACAGUGAUUAUGUCCAGGACAUGGUCAAAACCAAGAAGGGUAAACUGUAUGAAUGGUACCUUCAAGAAUGUGCAGCUGAAUAUGACCUCUGAUCACUGGUGUUGAAACAGACCAGAAUACACCCAGCAUCUCAAACAAGUGCCUCUGCUGUUGGAUUCAGGAGAGACUGUGACUGUAGUCAUUUGUCAUAAUGUGAAUAGGUUUUAGAUUCUUCUUUGUUUUUUAAUUAUGAUUUAUGACAUUGUCAGUGUUUACAAACAGACACUUCUUUAAAGAAAUGUCUUCAACUCGCAGCUGCUUCUGACAUCUGACAUGUUUCUGUGACGUCUUUUCCAGAUUUCAUUCACAUGUAUUCAUGUUUCCAGUGGCAAUGUUAAAUUGUCUUUAUUGGAAAAAAAUAAGCUUUCAAUAUUCUUGUAAAAGUACACUGCAAUAAUGGGAAUUGGUGCUCAGAGUAUAUUUUUAUGCAUAAACACUUUGGACACAAAGGUGCACAGUUUCUUCUUCCUCCUUUGACUUGGUUGUAUCUUCUUAAAGUUUAUAGUGAAGUCAGUCACUGCACUUCAUCUGUUUCCUCUUAGAUGUCUA